UGCCUUUCCUUUCAACACCUGCAACUGGAAAGGGUGUCUUGGAGAAAGGUACAUCAUGGUGAGACUUGUUUUACCAAACCCUGGACUGGAGAAUAGGAUACAAACAUAUGAGGAACUUGAAAAGCUAGAAACAGAAGAGGCAGGCGAGAGACCACAAUGGGAUAACAAGGCUCAGUAUAUGCUGACAUGCAUAGGCUUUUGUGUGGGACUUGGAAACGUCUGGAGAUUCCCAUACCUUUGCCAAAGCCAUGGUGGAGGUGCAUUUAUGAUCCCGUUUCUAAUAUUACUGGUAUUUGAAGGCAUACCUUUGUUACAUCUGGAAUUUGCAAUUGGGCAGCGCCUAAGAAAAGGAAGUGUGGGUGUUUGGAGCACUAUUCAUCCAACCCUUAAAGGAGUUGGUAUUGCAUCAAUGCUGGUAUCAUUCCUGGUAGGUUUGUAUUACAAUACCAUUAUUGCUUGGGUUAUGUGGUAUUUUUUUAACUCCUUCCAAGAACCUUUGCCAUGGAGCUUCUGUCCACUCACCGCCAACAGAACUGAAUAUGUAUCAGAGUGUGCAAGAAGCUCUUCUGUGGAUUACUUCUGGUACAGGGAAACACUUAACGUCUCCACAAAAAUAGAUGACUCUGGCAAUAUCCAGUGGUGGCUUGUGCUCUGUUUAGCCUGUGCCUGGGGUGUUCUAUACGUCUGUACCAUCAGAGGGAUUGAAACAACAGGAAAGGCAGUUUAUGUAACAUCAACACUACCUUAUGUGGUACUUACAAUAUUCUUGAUCCGAGGUCUGACAUUGAAAGGAUCAGUGAAUGGAAUCAAAUUUUUGUUUACCCCAGAUAUUUCAGAAUUAGCAAAUCCAGUUACUUGGCUUGAUGCUGGUGCCCAGGUUUUCUAUUCCUUUUCCCUGGCUUUUGGUGGGCUUAUUUCAUUUUCAAGUUAUAAUUCUGUUCAUAACAAUUGUGAAAAGGAUGCAGUUAUAAUUUCUCUAAUAAAUGGCUUUACAUCCAUAUACUCUGCCACUGUCAUCUACUCCAUUAUUGGUUUCCGUGCCACAGCCAGAUUUGAUGAUUGUUUUGACAGCAAUGUCCUUUCUUUGACAAAUGCCUUUGAUUUGCCGGAAGGAAAUAUUACACAGGAUAACUAUGACAACAUGUUGAAUCAGCUAAAUCAUUCAAAUCCAGAUUUGAUUUCAUCUCUCAAGCUUCAAACCUGCGACCUUAACCAAAUUUUGUCAGAUGGUGUGGAAGGAACUGGUUUAGCCUUCAUUGUUUUCACAGAAGCUAUUACGAAAAUGCCAAUUUCACCACUCUGGUCUGUACUUUUCUUCAUCAUGCUCUUUUGCCUAGGACUCUCUUCAAUGUUUGGUAAUAUGGAAGGAGUGCUAGUACCACUACUUGAUCUGAAAAUAAUCCCCAAAUCUGUUCCCAAAGAAGCUGUAACAGGUUUGAUUUGUGCAGUAUCCUUUUUAAUUGCACUUAUAUUUGUGCUGGAAUCUGGAAACUACUGGCUUGCAUUAUUUGAUGGUUUUGCUGGCUCUAUUCCACUACUUAUUAUUGCGUUUUGUGAAAUGUUUUCAGUGGUCUACAUAUAUGGUGUUGACAGAUUUAACAGAGACAUUCAAUUUAUGAUUGGUCAUAAGCCAAAUAUAUUCUGGCAAGCUACAUGGAGAGUUAUCAGCCCUCUUAUUAUGUUGGUUAUAUUCCUAUUCUACUUUGUGGUAAAAGUUUCUCAGAAGCUAGAGUACAUUACGUGGGAUCCAGAUUAUGACCAGUUUCCAAAAUCAAAGCCGGAGUCUUAUCCCAGCUGGAUAUACGCAAUCAUUGUAAUUCUCGCUGGAGUCCCAAGUUUAGUAAUCCCAGGCUAUGCCAUUUAUAAACUUAUUAGAAACUGCUGUACAAAAGAUGAUGACCAAAGAGAAAUUAUAAAUGCUGUAUCUGUGGCAUCCCUUAAUGGAGACACUAAAAACCAGGUGUAAUGUAGGGUUGGAUUAUAAUGUAUGAAAGUGCAAUAAAUGUCACAGAGGCUGAUUUAUCAAAUUUCGAAGUCAAGGAAAAAAAAAAAGUGAAGAAAAAACCACAACAAAGCAUGGGCAAUAUUUUUCAAAUAUUGCAUCUUUUCCCCUUGGGCAGUACCUUAUUUAAGAAAAAAGAAAGCAACUGAAUAUUUGUGGCCACGUUUUUUUGCACAACAGAAACAUGCACACAAGUGAGAAACACCCUGUCCAUUCAUUUUCAGUGAGGCUGAAAAUCUUGAAAAUAAAUGAAUAAAGUUAUUAGAGACAAUUCCCACUGACUUUGACAGAAACGUAGCUACAGUAUAGUAAAAAAAAUGCUAGUUCUCAUAGAUGUUGAAGUGUUAUAUACUCACAAGCAGAAAAAUUGGGAUUGGGUGACAAGCUCCAAACUUGUAGCCCAAGGCAGAGGAUUAAACCAAUAACAAACCAAUGAACAGGCACUUCACAAACCCGAACAUAUACGCCAAAUAAUUAUAAAUAAUUAAAAAAAAACGAGAGUCAACAUGUCCUUAAAAACAGGCUACUAUAUAUGACUAAGUGGCUUGUAGCAUGAAAUGGACAAUUAAGAACAUGUUAACUAAACAGAGACAUUUGUUUUUUAAUUAUUUUGGCUGUAUGUUGGGAUUUUUGGAGUGUAUUUUAUAAAACAAUGCCAGCUUUUGCUUGCGGAGUCUUUUCUGGUGAGGUUUCUUAAUUUAAUAAAUCCCGAUUAUUCAGGGUUUAAAAAAGUACUUGUGCGUAUAUUCACGUUUGUAUUUUCUCUCUGCAUUUCUUGAAACAAGAUAAAACAAAAAAUUUUUUGAUAAAUCUGCCCCAUAGUUUUGUUUUCGUUUUUAUGAAUUUAUUUUCCCUCAGUUAACCCUUUAUUCUGUAUUUAGCCAGUGCCAUAAAAAUGAAUGUUAAUAUAAUGUAUACUAAUAAAGAGAACACUGUAUUCUGUAUCCAAUUACAUGAAAACUAAAUACUUUUAAAUAAUAACAUUUAAGUGCUGGUGCAAACCAUUUA